CGGCGGACGCGGCGGUGCGGGCGGCGGGGACCUACCGACUAGAGACGCGCUGGUGGCGGCGAGGACCGACAGCGGGGCGAGGCCAUGUCGGACCUGGGCUCGGAGGAGUUGGAGGAGGAGGGGGAGAAUGACCUUGGGGAAUACGAGGGGGAGCGGAAUGAAGUAGGUGAACGACACGGACACGGGAAAGCAAGACUGCCCAAUGGGGACACGUACGAAGGGAGUUAUGAACACGGCAAAAGACAUGGCCAGGGAGUCUACAAAUUUAAAAACGGUGCUCGGUACAUUGGAGAAUACGUUAAAAAUAAAAAGCAUGGUCACGGCACUUUUAUAUACCCAGAUGGAUCAAGAUAUGAAGGGCAGUGGGCGGACGACCAGAGACGCGGCUACGGCGUCUACCACUACGUCAAUAGCGACACCUACGCGGGGGAGUGGCUCGCUCACCGGAGGCACGGGCAAGGCACCUACUUCUACGCAGAGACGGGCAGUAAGUACGUAGGCACCUGGGUGAAUGGACGGCAAGAGGGUGCGGCCGAACUCAUUCACCUGAACCACAGGUACCAGGGCAAGUUCUCCAACAAAAACCCUGUCGGCCCUGGAAAGUACGUGUUUGAUAUCGGAUGUGAGCAGCAUGGGGAGUACCGUCUAACACAUGCGGAAAGAGGAGAAGAGGAAGAGGGGGAGGAGACGACGAUGAUGACCGUGGUUCCCAAAUGGAGGGCCACCAAAAUCACAGAGCUGGCUCUGUGGCCCCCAACCCUCCCCAACGAGCAGCCGCCUACGGACGGGCCUGGCCCAGAAGAGGCUCCAGGACCCGAGGGUGGUGGGGAGCUCUCGGAGGAGGGCCAGGCUCUGGCAGAUGUUUCCGAGGGGGAGACCGACUCCAUGAGGCCUGGGCAGGACGACGGAGAUGGCACCUGGGAGGAGGGCCGAGAGGAUUUCCGAUAUGACGCCAUCGACCAGGGACCGAAGCCCGGAUAUACUCUUCCUGUGUUAUUUCCUGUUCAUUCCAUUCUCGUAUCUUUGGCUUCCCAAGUCAUGGUGCGGCGGCCAGGUAUCAUCUGGGAGGAGGACGUGCAGCUUGGACUCUGGGCCUGUGCGGUCAGCAUGCGGGUGACUUGGGCAUGUGGGCUCCAGCCCUCUGAGCUUCAGCGUCACGGGGAGUAUGGGGCCGUCAUGUCACAGACCGCACAGGAAGAAGACACUGUGCCGGGUCCACCCCUCACAUCCUCCCACGCAGCCCCAAGCCUCCCGGCUGCCAGCAGGUUCUAGCCACCAAGCCGCCUUUCCUGGAGACCUGCUGCACAUCCAGGGCAGGCCCCAUCACGUGCCCUGCCCGAGCACACCAGCCCAGCCCUGCUCACGGCAUCCCAGCCCUUUCCAAGCAUGAUUUUCCUGAAAGCUCCCUCCCUGGAACGUCCAUUGGCAGAGACAUUGUUUGAAGAAAGGCCUUCAUUAAAUGCCAAAAUACACGUUGUGUUAGCUGGAACAGUGGAUUUUUUUUUUUUCCCCAAGAGAAGGUCUAUUGACUGUGUUGUAUUCUCAAAGGCAUCUGCUCCAUGUCGGUCUCUUGUCCUCGGACACUCUAUCUGUGAGGGUGGAGAUCAGAGCUCAGAAGAAGACAAGGAUCUGGAGCAACGUUAGGUUCUGAUGGUGCAGAGCCUUACAGACAGGGGGUGACCUGGCAGCAGCACUGAGAAAUGAGGGGCCAUACAAGGUGUGGGAAUUUGGCCCAGAAGUGAGCCAAAAUGAGGAGGGUGAGAGGAAAGGUUGGCCUCUCCCCCAAACACCCCACUGUAAUACAGUAAACAUUGCAAUAUGCAGAAUUUGGACAAAUUAGACUGUCAGUAUUCACUGUAGGACCCCUUUGCCUGGUGCAAAGAGCCACCAGGAGCCUCCUUCAAGCUGGGACUCUCCAGUGCCUUUAAAGUACUUUCCCGAGAUGCCCUUCAACAGAUGAAUGGAUAAAGAAGAUGCGGUCCCUAUAUACAAUAGAAUAUUACUCAGCCAUCGGAAAGGAUGAACACCCAACUUUUACAUC